UUAAAUUGAAAUUCAAACUCAAAUUCUGAACUGAUACUGAAACCGAAACCAUUCCUCUCUGCGUCUUCAAGCAACUGCCUUUUACUUCAAAUUUCAUAACCUAAGUGAAGGAUCUCUCCGUCGUCCAUGAGUUUUCAAGACAUCCAAGGUGGACCCCACCCUCAAUCUCGCCGGAACCAGUCGCCGGCGCAGGCCGUCGCUGCCGGAAUUUUCCAGAUCAACACUUCCGUCGCCACUUUCCGGCGACUCGUUGAUGCCGUCGGAACCGUUAAAGACACUCCCGAACACCGUCAGAAGCUGCACAAUACGAGGCAGAGGAUAUUGCAACAGGUGAAGGAUACUUCUGCUAAGCUCAAAUCCUUGAGUGAAUCUGAUCGUGGUGCUAAUUCCAAUGCUAGUCAGAAAAUUGAAGAUGCUAAGCUUGCUAGAGAUUUUCAAACGACAUUGCAAGAGUUUCAGAAAGUACAACAGCUUGCUUCUGAGCGAGAAUCUGCUUACACCCCUGCCUCCGCCUCUUCUACUUUACCAAUAAGCUCUGGCUCUGGUGAAGAAUCGACUGGAAUAGAUGUCGAAAGUCAACCUUUUAUUAGAGAGCAGAAGAGGCAAGAGAUACUUCUAUUGGAUAAUGAAAUAUCAUUCAACGAGGCCAUGAUUGAUGAAAGAGAACAAGGAAUUAGAGAGGUAGAAGAGCAAAUUGGACAAGCAAAUGAAAUAUUCAAGGACCUUGCUGUUCUUGUUCAUGAUCAGGGAGUUGUUAUUGAUGACAUUCAAUCAAAUAUUGAUGCUUCUGCUGGUGCAACAACCCAAGCUAGGGUCCAGCUAGCCAAGGCUUCCAAAAGUGUGAAAACCAAAACCUCAUGGUGUUGGUGGGUGCUUGUAAUUGUUGUUGUUGUGCUGGUCAUAUUACUUAUUGUACUCAUUCUUUAGUGUGCAAGUGCAUACAACUGGGAAGGAUUUUUUGUCCCGUAUUUGGUGUGUUUUGUGGUGUGAAGAGUGUUUUGACCAAAGGAAAGUGUUGGAAAGUACAGCAAUGCAGUUUGAUAUAUUGACUGCAUCUGCAGCUGGAAGUUGGAAGAGGAUAGUGAGGCAAAGUGGUUUCAUUAAGAAAUAUUGUCUUGUGUGUAAUAUUGACUAGUGCAUGAAUACACAAGGAAAAAAACAAGAGAAAACUCAUGAAGAAUCACAA